GGCGCCAAAGCUAAUUCAGAAGAAGAAGCAGAGAAGACGAGGAGGAACGUGGACACACAAGAACAAAGAGCAAACUCGAUGGAUAUACAAGUUACAGGAAAGGCUCACUGUGCUCUGUGGAAAAAGGCCUCAAAGUGAUGCCUUUAGUAGAAUGAGCUACAUAAAAAAAUGAGGGGAAAAGGCGAAAUUCCCCUCACAGACAGAAUGAAAGCAGAGCAAGAGGAGGAACUUUCUCCUUUUUAAUGGAAAACGAACGACGACACAAACUACCGUAUGCUGCUUUUAACCCUGAAGUCCGACUGUACAGAUUAGUACAAUGUUCCAGCAGCUGAUGGAUAAAGAAGAGGUUCCCCCUGAGUGGAGCCCCAGCAUGCACCAGGAGGACCCAGAGCGCCUCCAGAUUAAAGGGGAACAGGAAGAACAAUGGAUCAGUCCAGAGGGAGAGCAGCAUAAUGGUCUGGAGGAGAUCGAUAUCACCAGGUUUCCAUUCACUGUGGUUAUUGUGAAGUGUGAAGAUGAAGAAGAGAAAUGUUCUCUGCUUCAUCACAGCCAAGCGGAGGACAACAGAGAGGUAGAGCGUCCAGCCAGCAGCUCAGCUGUGCAGAUAAAACCAGAAACUGAUGAAGAAGACUGUGGAGGAUCAGAACCAGCCAGGAAGAGAGAGCCAACUCCUGAAAUCGAAAUCCAUUACGAUGAAUGGCAAGACCCUUUGUCAGAUUCUGAACCUGAAGACAGUGAUGAUGAUUGGACCAGGUCACCUGAGUCUGCUGUGAAUGCUCUGAAAUAUGAGGAAGCUCCUGGAAGUGAUGUGACAUCUAACACUGUGAAAAAGUCCUUUAGCUUCACCAGCUUGGAUAGUAAAAAAUGUUUUAGAGUGAAGCAACCAGCAGAAACAAAGACCAGAGUCCACACAAGAGAGAUACCAGUUGGUUGUGAUGAAUGUGGGAAAAGAUUCACAAAACGGGCAUAUUUGAAGUCGCACAAGAGAAUUCACACAGGAGAGAAACCAUUUGGUUGUGAUGUAUGUAAGAAAAGAUUUACACAGCAGGGAAGUCUGAACAGACAUGUAAAAGUACACACAGGAGAGAAACCAUUUGGUUGUGAUGAAUGUGGGAAAAGAUUCACAAAACGGAGACUUCUGAAGUCACACAUGAGGGUUCACAAAGCAGAGGAACUACUUGUUUGUGAUGUCUGUGGCAAAAGAUUUACACAGCGGGGAAGUCUGAACAGACAUGUAAAAGUACACACAGGAGAGAAACCAUUUGGUUGUGACUUGUGUGUGAAAAGAUUUACAACUAAAGGAGCUGUGAAGGCACACAUGAGAGUUCACACAGGAGAGAAACUAAUAAGUUGCAGUUAUUGUGGGAAAAGAUUUACACAUCAGGGAAAUUUGCAGUCACACAUAAGAGUUCACACAGGAGAGAGACCAUUUGGUUGUGACGUUUGUGGGAAAAGAUUUACACAUCAGGGAAAUUUGCAGUCACACAUGAGAGUUCACACAGGGGAGAGACCAUUUGGUUGUGAUGUUUGUGGAAAAAGAUUUACACAGCAGCACACUUUGAAUCGACACCUGAAUGUCCAUCAAGAAUAGAAACCUUUCUAUUCAGUUUUUUGUUGAAGGCAAACAAAGUAAAUGUGUUGGUAGGAGCCUGAGUAGCAUUUCAAUUUCAUUCCUUUUUAUUGUUCUGUGUCUGUUUUUUGUUCUAAAAUAUGCUAAAAGUUAAAAGAAUGUUUUUGUUUUGUUUGUAAAGCAGAGGGGAUGACAGUGUUUUUAAGUCUUUUUAUUAUUAUCAGUAGUUUGUUUUGUACUAAAACACUUUCAUUUACUUUUUCUGUAGAUUUCUUGACAUAAGCUGUAUGUGACUGUAAACUCCCUAACUGAUGAUUAUCAGUGGGGAAAGUGCAUUAUUUAGUUGCCUUUUGAUUAAAUUCUACUGUAACCUA